GCGGGCAGAGGUGGAAGUUAGAACGUUUAGGCCUGUGGUUGCCAUAGCGACAGGGAGGUUGACAGGCCAGAUUCAGCCCUGGGGGAGCCGACAAGAUUCCAGGCCCCUGACAUCCUGUCAUGAACAGUUAUACAAGCAAGUGCACCAGUGAGGCACAUCUGCACAGUGCUCCAUUCACACCUGGGCUGUACCUUCUCUCAUCCUGGCUUCACAGGUGCUUAGAAGAACACGCAGUCAAGUUUUUCAUCAAACACAUGGAACAUAUCACAGAACUUUGCUAAGAUGGACAACUCCAUGCAAAAAGACCAACACUCUGGCAAAAAAUAUUCCAGAAAGACUGACAAAGUACAGAAAGGUUUUACUGCUGUGUAUACAACACAAUCCUCCAUUCCUGUUAAAUAUCAGCCUUCCAGAAUUCCAGAAUCAGAAAAAAAAGGAUUUAAUAGUCAAGCCAAGAGGUUUUACCAUAAAAAGGAUGAUAUCCCAGGUCCUGGGUUCUACAACGUCAUUCACCAGUCGCCUGUGUUUGACAGUGUGUCGUUGUCUAGGAAAGGGACGUGUACUUUUCCCUCUAUGUGUGACCGACUGGACACCAUCGUCUCUAAAUACCCUGCAGCUAACGCGUACACUAUACCAUCACGUUUUGUUUCGAAGAAAGACUUCAGUAAUUCCUGUUCCAGCAUGUUCCAGUUGCCAAGCUUCGUGAAAGUUCUCAAAUUUGAAACUCCCGCACCAAACCAUUACAAUGAGGCUUUUUUCAGACCUGGAGAACAAUGGUUGAGUCAACUGGCGAGGAGCAGAAAUGCGGCCUCUGUCUCUUGCUGCAAACAGGCAAACAACGUUUGUGCCCGAGCCGGGUUCAUGUCCAAAACCCAGAGAGGACUUUUCACUAUUACUAAAACAGGACCUGCCCCAGGGCAUUAUAAUGUCAACGAAUCCCUUGUGAAGCAGUCGCCGAAGAUAUUAAUGUCUUGUUUUAAAUCAAAAACUGGCCGUGGAUUAAAACUGAUGUCGACAGGCCCAGGACCCGGUUAUUACAACCCAGGAGGUCACAUCGAAGUUCAAAAAAAGACUCUUAUCCCCCACAUACAAGCCGGAAUUCCCCGGAAAGCAGUCCUUUCUCUACAAUGGGGACAAGAAAUGGAUCCCAGUGUUGUAGUCACCUCAUCCGAGCUCAAGGAGACCCCCCCGGCCACCAGCUGUCACCCCAGGCACCCCGGACGGUCAUUCAGAGAGCGCCCAUCUCGUGUGUGACGGCUGAUGACUUGGGACGUCCUUGCCCCCUGCCUGGUGUUAGAGCUGGCCUGCCGUGCUUGUCCUUGUCCUGAGCUGCCCCCUGGAGCGUGGACCCCCACCCCACGGACCCCCCUGGAUUCCUGAGCAGACAGAGCCCCCCGGGUUACUUGGCCACGUGCCCUCCGGCCUGGCUCGGCCCGCCUGCCCUCAGCCCUCAGAGCUCGUGCAGCUCAGGAUCCAGGAGGUGGUGGCCGAUGGCAGAUGCCCCGUCUGGAAGCCUGCUGCUGAGCCAGGGCUCUGGGGCCACAGGGUGGGCAGCGCAAGGCCACGGCCCCGGCACACUCCCAUGCUCUGGCCUUGACCUCCAGACUCCUCCCGGAGUUCCAGGAGCCGGGAAGGCCCACAGGCACUGUGACAGGGACCUGAAGGGGUUGCCUUGCCCUCGCCCCCAGCUCAGCCUCGUGUCUCGCCCUAGGAAGAGCAUGGCAGCGUCACCAUGGUCACGUGAGCUCAUCACUCACUUUCAGGAGAGGGCUCCACAUCCGUUUGUUGGCUCCGCGCACAAAGGGCAGAUGUGGGCAGGACCCUCUGGGGCCAGAGCCCUGGGCACAGCGGUUCUGAGGGGCGCCUGCAGGUUCUUACUUUUGCCCGGCCUUUCCCCUUCCCUGGCCUGGUCUCCGUCCCUCCCACCUAAUGCUCAAGUCCAAUAUGAUCUUUAAUGGAUCCUUUCUGGCCUGCCAAGUUGGUCCCCCUCAGCAAGAGGAUGAGAUUCUCAAAGAACCAAGAGGAACUGCAGCUAACCACACAUCCCCUCCUUCCCCAGCUAUCCACGUGUCUUGGGCUUUUGUAAGUGGAAGCCUCUUGCGCUGCCUCCCUCCCCUCCGCGUGUCCCUCCCUUGCCCUUGGCUUUCUCCUUUGACUUUCCUCCGUGACUGUUAGUCCAGAACUGGCCGCUGACUGCCUCUCCCUUCAGGGAGGGGCGGGUGAGGGAGAGGGAGGGAGAAGGAUGGCACAACGGGUCCAGUUAAACAGAGUUCUCAUUUCUCACAAAAGCUGGCCUUGUUGUGAACCUCAUAUUCCCGCAAGUGCCCCACUGCUUUGGGAUGAGCGGGAGGCAGCCUGGAGCAUGGCGCCAAGAGCGACCAAGGUCUGGACCUAAAGGUGGACACUUUGUGCUGAGUCUGCUCAGGCCCUUAGCUUCUCCUAGAGGUCAAGAGUCGGAUCCGAAUUUGGAGGUUCAAGGUCAAGCACUUCCACGGUUGGGUGGGCAAGGCAAGGGAGCAAAACAGAUGAGGCGAGAGGAGGUCCAGGAGCUGAGGAGGCUGCCCAUCUAAAGGCCAGCUACCUAUUGCCAGAUCUGCAGAUUUUUCAAAAGAACCUGGGAAAUUUUAAAAUGUGAAACUUCUUGAUUGGAGAUGUUAACAACCAUAUUUCAAUUAAAAACUUUUUGUUCGGGCUAAAGGAAACUCUUCUGCUAACCAUCAAUUGUCCACUUCGGCGCUAGAAAUUCUGGAAGACCCCUUUAAGGCUGACACUUGAAGCUGCACCUUUCUUUGAACCCAGACUCUUGACAAUAGGGCCAGACUUGAAGGCCUUGGCUUUUAGGUCCCUCUGACCCUAGGAGACCUUAGCAGGCCACUGGGCUGGAAGCAGCCGGCCCUGGGAUCACUGCAGGCAGAGGCUGGCGGGACUGCAUAGAAAACAAGACAGGCCGCUCCUCCCUGGGGCAGCUGGGCUGAGCACCAGCAGGUAGGGUCUGUCUCUAUAGAAACCCCUCCAAGUGGGGUCAGGAAAGUGGAGAGUC